UGGGAGUGCUCAGAGUUACAGACCUGAAGAACAACCCUGAACCUAAAAAAAAUAGACAGAAUUUUGUAGAAUUUUAUUUUGGCUUUGCAAGAUGUUUCUUCCUGUUGUGUUGUGCGUUUGUGGGCUCUUGAUGCAAGGUGAGGCACAGGACAGAGCUGCUAUGUGGAGAGGGAAUGACCGAAAUGGAAGAUGCCAAUACACCUUCACCGUUCCAAGUCCAGCAGAGACCACCUGCCCACAGAACGCAGGUCCAGAGGUGGAGGGAUUGAAGGCAAGACUCAGCCUGUUGGAAGUCCUGGUAGCCCGUUUGAGCGGGGGUGAGAUAAAGACCCCACAAGUGUCCCAAUCCAGACCCCAGAAUGACCUUCAAGAGUCUCUCAACAGGGCAGUAGGUGAGAGGAACCUACUCCAAGCUGAAAAAGAGCGCUUGGAGAGAGAGCUGGAGGGACUUCAGCGCAGACUGGAGGAGAUGAGACGGGAGACAGAGAGGCUGAGGAACAAACCAUGUCCUGCCCAGCCCCCUGUGGUGCCACCCAGCCCUCCGCUCCAGGAUAGCACCCUCAGGAGACCCGCAGGAGGGUUUGGCCCCAUGUCCCACCUGAUGACCCGGCCCAACACACGGGGAGACAUCAGCAGUUUGAGAGAUUCUGCAUGGCAAUAUGGAUCUCCCGGUUUUCAAGAGCUUAAGGCUGAAGUGACUGAGGUCCCUGCUCCGGGUGGCACUGAGGAUGGCACUGGUUGUGGUGAACUUGUGUCAGUGGCUGAGCCUGUCACUCAUAGAAAGACAGACAACAUCAUGGGUAAAUAUGGAGUGUGGAUGCAGGACCCAGAGGCAGUUUCCCCCUAUGGCCCCAACAUGGUCUGGAGGAUCGACACGGUGGGCUCUGAGAUCAGACAGCUCUUUGGAUAUGAUGACAUGGACCAGCUCUCUAAAGGAUUCCCCUCAAAAGUGCUGCUGCUGCCUGACCCAGUGGAGGGGACAGGUGCCACCAUGUACCGCGGCUCACUUUAUUACCAGAGGCGCAGAAGCAGGACCUUGAUCCGCUACGACCUGUCAUCAGAGAGCAUCGCGGCCCGUCGUGAACUGUCCCACGCCGGCUUCCACGGCCAGUUCCCCUACUCCUGGGGCGGCUACACGGACAUCGAUUUGGCCGUGGACGAGCAGGGUCUGUGGGCAAUCUACUCCACCACCAAGGCCAAGGGGGCUAUUGUGAUUGCGCAGCUCGACCCCAACAGUCUGGAGGUGAGGAAAACCUGGGAGACCAAUAUCAGGAAAAACUCGGUCGCGAAUGCGUUCAUAAUUUGCGGUAAGUUGUACACGGUGGCCAGCUACACGUCCCCGGACACGACCGUCAAUUACGUGUAUGACACCGCGACCAGCCAGGGCAGAGCGCUGGGUGUCCCGUUCAAGAAUAAGUACCGCUACAACAGCAUGAUCGACUAUAACCCGGUCCAGAAGAAACUUUUUGCUUGGGACAAUUUCCACAUAGUGUCCUACGACCUGAGGCUGGGGCGCCCGCAGGCCAAGUGAGGCGCGCGGAGAAAAAAGACUGAUGGAGCGGUGGCGCUAUUUUACGCAUUUACUCCAGCUUCAAAGACUCUUGGAUAAUUGUGGGUAAACGCAGUGGCUGUAAAUAAGAUUGUUGCUGCCAGGUCAGGUGACAUCGUAAAUUCAAAAUUCGUUCAAAGUUUUUUCCCCUUUUUUGAAUGUUUUUUGUGUGGCAUGGCCCACACAGGUGUUUGUAGAGUAUUAUUUUUAUACUGCCUGUAUUUCUGUCAUUUUUGGUUCCUUUGAUAAGCUACAUGCUCGGAUAUUUAAUUUAAUGUUUUCCCAUUAUGAUAAAAUGCAUUUCUGCUACAAUGUAGGCUAUAUUACACUACAUGCUUUUGUUGAACAUGUUCAAACUGCAUAUUGAUAUUGCAUGUUAAUUGUAGCCCUUGUUGAUGUAAAAUCUUUGAUACUCAUUUCUGUCAACCAUAAGGUAUUUUAAACAGGGCUAUGUUUUAUUUGUAGUGUUUAGUACCACCUAGUGUUCACUUGUAGCAUUGCUGUAUGACUUCAAAUAAAACCACAAAAUUGU